CGUCAUUAUGCAACGCAUUGCUGUAAUUGGGGGUACCGGCAUGACCGGCCAAUGUGUCGUGGAUUAUGCGCUGCAAAAAGGAUUGGCCGUCCGUCUGUUAUAUAGAAGUGAAACGACAUUGCCGGAGCGUUUUAAAGGCAAAGUCGAAUUGGUCAAUGGCAACGUGCUGAAUUUAGACGACUGCAAAAAAGUGAUCGACGGUGUGGAUGGGGUGUGUAUCAUUUUGGGCACUCGAAACAAGUUAGAGGCUACUACAGAGUUAUCCACCGGCACGGAAAACGUCAUUGCCGCAAUGAAAGAAAAAAAUGUACCUCGUUUUUCUAUUGUCAUGUCAUCAUUUUUGUUCCGUCCGCUUUCAGAAGUACCGGGAGUGUUUCAUAAAUUAAACGAAGAACACAAACGAAUGUUGGAGUUGACAAAGUCCUCUGGUCUGGACUAUGUAGCUGUAUUGCCACCGCACAUUGCUGAUGAACCGUCGUCUGAUUACAUAGUGCUGCAUGAUGAGGCUCCUGGCCGUGCUAUUUCAAAGUAUGACUUAGCAAAAUUUAUUGUAGAUUCGCUAGAACAAGAGGAGCAUAUAGGUAAGGUGUGUGGUGUAGCCAAAAAGGUUGUAUAAAAAAAUUUUACACCAGAGCAAUUCCGCGCUGCAACUUUGUUACAACGCAGUAUACAAAUUUCUAAUCAUGCACACAUAAACAACAUGCAUACGCACAAGGUGAUUAAUACAAAAAUAAAUUAAAUAUAUUUGAACAUGAUGCGUCUACUGUUAGAUAUAUUAUUAAAUGUUUAUAAAAAGGCAUCAGUAUGCUUAGCACGAAGUGCAUAUGAAUAAAUUUAUUAUGCAAUAAA